AUGUCUCGUGGCGGCACCACGCUCUACGUUACGGGCUUCAGCCACGGCACCCGCGCUCGCGAUCUCGCCUACGAGUUCGAACGCUAUGGACGUCUUGUCCGUUGCGAUAUCCCUGCGCCACGCUCCUCGUCCAGCCGACUCUUUGCUUUCGUCGAGUACGAAGACCGAAGAGAUGCUGACGAUGCUUACUAUGAGAUGCACAAUAAGCGCAUCGGCCGUGAUGACAUGUUGAAAAUUGAGUGGGCAAGGACUCCUCCAUCUGCCUCAUGGCGAUUUGAGUCUGGUCGCGAUCGUGAUCGUCGCGGCGGUGGCAGCGACAGCGGCCGCGAUGGUGGUCGCGAUGGUGGUCGCGAUGGUGGCCGUGAUGGUGGCCGGGAUAGUGGCCGCCGGUCUCCUCGUCGUGGCCGAUCGCCGUCUCCUCGCCGAAGCGCCCGAGACUAUUCGCCACGCAAAGACGAUCGCCGAGACCGUGACCGUGACCACGACCGCGACGGUCGUCGGGACCGUGAUCGCUCCCGCAGCCCUGACGUGCGCGACCGUGAUCGUGAUGCCAAGGAUGACAGAGACGACCGCGAUCGCCGCGAAAACGGAACCAAUGGUGACGACCGCAAGGGUGACGACAGUCCCCCCCCUCCGGCUCGCGAUGAAGAUUUAGAUAUUGCCGAGUAA